AAAGAUUUUAGGUAUUGAAUCUGAUUCAUUAGGAUUAUAUGAAAAAUUAGAAUUAGAAACUGGUCGACUUGGAAAUCGAUCUAGAAAAAGUAUUGCCAAGACUGAAAAUAUAGUGAAACCUAAGAAUCGUAAACCGAAUUAUAGAAGAAAAACUGAUAUCGGACUUUCAAACAAAAAUCAACAAAGUUCAUUGAUAGAAGAAGUAGAAGUAGAAGAAUUGACCAUAGAAGAAUUGAAAUUAGAAUUAAAUGAGAUUAUAAAAGAUCAAUCGAAUUUAAAAAUUCGUAAAGAAUUAGUUACAAAAGAUUUGAAUACAAUAGAUUCAAAGAUUUCAAAACUAUUAAAAAUUAAAGAAGAUUUAGAAAGAUCUUUAUUGAUUUUAAAAGAAGAAGAAUUAGAAUUGAUAGAUGAAUUUGAAGGAGUUGAAGAUAGGUUAAUCGAAAGAGAAAAGAAAUCUAAAAGUGGUAGUCAUACUGGCAAUCAUCGACUUCAACCUACUAGACUUCCUUCUACUACUUCUAGAAGACGUAGAGGACCAGCAUUUUUACCAUCAGAACACGAUCAACUACCCAAGAACGUAUCCUUCAUGACCUUAAAAGGACAUACUAAACCGAUCAGUGCCUUAGACUUCACAACUCCUUAUGGACAAUUAAUUUCAGCAUCAUUUGAUCAAAGUUUAAAAGUAUGGGAUUUAGUCUCAGGUGAUGAAAUUCAAGAAUUAAUCGGACAUAAAGGAAUGGUCAAGUGUUUACAGGUUGAAGAUCAAACUUGUAUUACAGCAGGUAUUGAUGGUCAAAUUCGAAUCUGGGAUUUAUCUAUUGAUCCAGAUGAUUUUAAUCAUUCAAAUCAAAGAGAAUCAAAUCAAGAUGAUGGUGAUGAUCCAGAUGUAGAAAAACUUACAAGUCCUUGUGUUAGAAAACUAGAAGGUCAUACUCAACCUAUUACAGCUCUCUAUUUCGACCAUACAUGUCUUGUAACCGGUUCAACCGAUAAAACCAUCCGACAAUGGGACCUAGAAACCGGUCAAAACCUCCUAACGAUGGAUAUCCUAUGGGCCAUGCAACAUUAUCAUCCACCUUCAACUACAUCUUCUAAACUUAAACAACCUAAAAUCGUAUAUGAAGAUGAUGCAGAGAAUGAUUUUGUGGGUGGGAUUCAGUUUUGGGGUUAUGCUUUGGCUAGUGGUAGUGCUGAUGGUUGUGUAAGAAUGUGGGAUAUGAGAACUGGUCAAGCUCAUCGUACUUUGGUGGGACAUACUGGACCAAUCAGAUGUUUACAAUUUGAUGAAAUGCAUUUAAUUAGUGGUAGUGUAGAUAAAACAAUCAAAGUUUGGGAUUUAAGGACGGGAACUAUAUCUGAUACGAUUAAAUAUUUUGAUUCAAUUACUUCAUUACAAUUUGAUAGUAGAAAAAUCAUUUCAACUUCAGGUACAAAUCAUAUAAACGUUUAUAAUCGUACCACAUUAGAACAUUCUAAGAUUGAUGAAGGGAAUGGACAUUUAGAUGUGGUUGAAAGAUUAAGAUAUUUAGAUCGAUAUUUAAUUUCAGGUGGUAAAGAUGGAUUAUGUAAAGUUUGGUCAAUUUAACUCACCACUCUCGGGCAAAAAAAAACUUAAUUGAACUUGAUUCUGGCUUCAAAAAAAUAGGAUCUUAAAAGAUUCUUUUUUUUAUAAAAAAGUAUAUAUAGUGAAUAAAUUUAAAGCAAUUGUAAUAUGAAAAGAAAAAAAUCAUUG